AUGGCGAAAAGAGCCAACAAAAAUGUUCACCAACAAGCGGCCAGAAGAAAAAGUGCGGCUCUCGCACCAAAGAAAACCAUAAGCAGAGGAACAAAGGGAAAGGUUGGCGUGAAAUCCGGGAGAAACGCCGCCGUGAGGCCGCUGAGACAGGCGGGGAGGGGUAAAGGCCGAUUUAAGCCGACCAAAGGCCCGGGAGGGAGAGGCCUCGGCAAGGCCGGGGCCCGGCGGCUGGGCCAGCUGCUGAAACGAGCCAUCACCGAGAAGACCAAUGUCACAGCGAAGGAAAAGGCUGCUCUGCCAAAGACUCCCAUUCGCCUCCUCAAGUACCAGAUACAGACUGAGGCUGCAAAUGGUAAAAAAAGAUCCGUGCCUCGAGUCUCUCAGCUCGUUCUCAAUGUGGUCUACCAAUGUAAACACAGAGGUGGCAUCACCAUGGCAGAGCUCAAACAGGUUCUGGCUGCCGAGGGCUAUGACGUCUCCAAGAACAACAGUCGGGUGAACUUGGUAACCAAGGGCCUGGUUAAAAAAGAGACACUGGUACAGACCAGAGGAACUGGGGCAUCUGCAUCCUUCAAACUCAGCAAGAAGAUAAAGACAGAUGAGAAGCAAGUGAAGACAAGAGCCUUGAAAUCCUCAAAACCCAAAGGACCAGAAAAACCAGCCAGCAAGUCCCUCAGACAAGCAAGAGAGUCAAACAAACCAGCUAGAAAGUCACCCAAACAAGCCACCAACACUCGCAAACUAGGAAGCAAGUCUCGCACAUCACCACGCCAGAAAGCCAAACCAAGAGGAAAAUCUCCAAAGCCAAGAGGCAAGACACGCAAAGCAGGAAGAAAAUCACCGAAACCAGCAGGCAAGAACCCCAAAACAGCAAGGAAGGCAACCAGACGAGUGACACGGGGCAGACAGGCAGCAAGGAAGGCUCAAAGGGCUAAGAGAGGUGGACCAAAACAAACCAAGCAUGCAAAGAAGUAUCUCCAGAGAAGAAAACGUAGAUGAAACGAGCUUCCUAAAGUUGUCCCAUCUACAGAGAAAACCACAACACAGUGUGGGGUUGCUUAAACAAAUUCUUACUAAUAAAACUGAUGCAUAGACCGAGGUGUUGAAGGCCCGUAGUAACAGCUCCAAGCCACGUGCACCUCACAUGUGAUGCUGUCUUAAAUU